AUGCCCUUCGCACAACUCGUAGUCGGCCCACCCGGCGCCGGCAAAUCAACCUACUGCAACGGCAUGCAACAAUUCAUGGGCGCAAUCGGCCGCAAAGCCAGCAUAGUGAACCUCGACCCAGCCAACGACCUAACAUCUUACGACGCAGCCCUUGACGUGCGCGAACUGAUUACGUUGGAAUCUAUCAUGCAGGACGAUCAGCUUGGGCCAAACGGUUCUGUGCUCUAUGCGCUUGAGGAACUGGAGCAUAAUAUGGAGUGGUUGACGGAACGGUUGAAGGAAUUGGGUGAGGAUUAUAUCCUGUUUGAUUGUCCGGGGCAGGUUGAGUUGUUUACGCAUCACGAUAGUUUGAGGAGGAUAUUUAUGGCGUUGCAGAAGAUGGGGUAUCGGUUAGUCGUAGUAAAUCUCAUCGAUUCCUACGCCCUCACGCUUCCCUCAUUGUACAUCGCGAACCUCUUACUGUCGCUACGAACUAUGCUCCAAAUGGACCUGACACAAAUCAAUGUCCUGACCAAGAUUGACAACCUGCAUAAAUUUCCCAGCCUCCCUUUCAAUCUAGACUACUACACCGACGUCCAAGAUCUUGAUUACCUCAUCCCUUCGCUCGAGGCAGAAUCUCCAAUGUUCGCGACGGGGAAGUUUCAGGCCUUGAAUAAGGCUGUUUGUCAGCUGAUUGAAGAGUUUGGGCUGGUGGGGUACGAGACACUUGCGGUUGAGGAUAAAAAGAGCAUGACGGCGCUGCUGAGGGUGAUUGAUCGUGCGGGCGGGUAUGUCUUUGGUGGUGCUGAGGGGGCGGGCGAUAGUGUCUGGCAGAUUGCGAUGAGGCAGACGGAGGGCAGAGUCGAUGUGAGAGAUGUGCAGGAUCGAUGGGUUGAUCGCAAAGAGUUUUGGGAUGAAAAGGAGAAAGAGGAGGAAGAAUUGGAGCAGAGAGCGCGGCAGAAGGAGUGGGAGAAGAAUAUGGUCAGGACGGGCGGAGGGUUGGAAAUGGAUGAGGAUGAGUUGGCGGAGAUGAUGAGGAUGCCAAUGGAUAGUGGUGUGAAGGUGAAGAGGUCGGAGCCGUCUUGA